UUGCUUCACUAUGCUCGAAACCCCGCGAAACGUCCCUUCCAUCUUUCAAGUUUCAUCCUCCUCUCCCUGUCUUCCUUACCAUCCUAAAUAACUCCAAUUAUCAAUUUCACCAAAAUUCCACUCUUGUUCAAGCUCUCGCCCAUUGAGGUAUUCUAACAAUGUCAUGAAACCAAAAGAAAUUCAGGAUAAUGGUUUUUAACGACUUCAUUCGACGGAGACUCGCUUCUCUACUGCAGCCGUGGUUGAGUGACGAACCGGACCUCGGCCUUAAGCUAGGGUUUCUCCGUUCCACCGGUACGGUGAAGAAUCUCAACUUUAACACCUCAGUUCUCAAUCAAUUACUCGACGAGUCCACUUGCUACCGUUUCAAGGAAGUUGCCGUCGAUGAAUUAAGCCUUGGAGUUUCCUACUGGUCUUUCCCUGCCUUCAUCCUCCGAGUCCGUGGCCUCCGCAUAACUCUAUCAGUAGGGGAAGAGGAGGAGGAAGGAGGAAACGAGAGAAGGAGAAAGAAGCCGAGAGAUACAUCAGUGGAGGAUAAGAAGAAAGUUCUUGCUGAGAUUGAUCCCGUGGGCAGUGCUUUGCAUGAUGCCAUUGCACAGAUUUCCCAGAUUAUUGUCGGAAGUCGGAAAGAUAAUCUAUUGACUGCCUUCCUUAGACAUUGUCAGUUGCAGAUAAAUGAAAUUCAUCUUCUCCUGUUGCCUCCUAGUUGUUAUGAUCCAGUAUCAUGCUUGUUGAAGAUAAAGGAGGUUGGUGCACAGUCUAAAUGUAAUAGACAGACAUGUUUUUUUGGAGGGCUCAUUAGUUCACUUUUUAUCGCUUCUAGAAAGUGUUCUUUUGGCCUUGACCUUAGAGAUGUUGAGCUUGGUCUACAGAGUGAAAGUAGUAUCAGCUGUGUUAUUUCUCCGACGGAUAUGUUUAUUUCUUUUAAGCUAAAAGAUCUUCAGAUCACAGAUUCUGCUCUCUGUCUUCCAGCGUUAAAAUUUUCCUUUUCUCCAGCAGAUAUUUAUGUUAUAUCAUUAUUCUCUUCAUUAUCAUGCAAAGAGCCCCACUAUGUUAGAACUGGUAGGCAACUAUGGAGAAUAGCAGCGAGCAGAAUUAGCUCUCUGAUUCCUAUCCCUAAGCUUUCUUGGUAUAGAGUUGUUAACUUUGUAAAACUCUGGUUGUACUAUUUACGCAUUUAUGAGGACAUGCUUUUACUGAUUGGAUAUCCUGUCGGUGAUAUAGUAAAAAAAUCUUCUACUAUGAUGUUGUCUGAUAAAACAUAUUCAAGAUCUGUUAAGAACCAUUGGGAUGUAAUUUCUGAAUGCGAGGAGAAGCUGCCUGCAGAGGUGAUUGCACAAGCACGACAUAUAAGCCGAUACAGAGCAUCGGAAAGUUCUCAAAUGGUGAAGCAAAAAUGUGAUAAGCCACAAGUCAAGAGACUUUUGUGGAAGAUUUAUCAACUUCUAGCCCUUAUCUGGGCUAUCACUUCCCAUGUCUUACACUCAGUUGGACGAUUGCUCUACAUACUGAGAGUUCUUAGCCAUUUGGCUAAUCAGCCAGAAUCUGAUCAACGUUCCAAGAGUGUUCCUGAUGAUUCUUUUCCAAAAACUUGCUUCAGUCUAAAUGUUGGGAAAUUCUCCAUUUCAGUCUCUCCUGAAAAGAAUGUUCUGUCUUCCGUCAGUGGGUUACCACUCUCAGCCCUUAGAUUCUCCUUUGAUGAUUUAAGUUCAUUUCUCAUUUCUUCUGAUGCUAUCAUCUUGACAUACCUUAAGAAUAUUUCUGACCAGCACUUGAUGUUUGCUUGUGGAUGUGUAAAGGUUGUUGCUGAAUCUCUUAAGGAAGAUCAGUCAGGUCAUAGUAGUACUAGGUUGACAGAACAUCGAAAUAACAAGAUUAUUGAGCCACAGGAACUUUUAUGGUGUGAACCUGUACAAAGCAUUGAGAUGAUUAAUAAUCAUGCUGAUGAUACUGAAGGAGCUUCUAUCCCACUUCUAGAAUUUCUUGUGAGAAAAUUGUGGUUGAAUUGGAAAAUUGCUUGCUCUAGCUUUGAAGGUGAUGAGUGUAAAAUUCCAGAAGCUCCAUGCUUUCUUUUUGAGAAUAACUGUUCUUUGAUUGAUCAAAGUGCCAAGAAUCCUACGUAUGGGAGUUGUGAAGUGUUGAUGGUGGUUGGAAGAUCAAACUUUGUAUUGAAAACCUCAUCAUUUUUGUCAUCAGCUGUGAUCUAUCUACAGAUUCAGCAGGCUCUUAGGAGGAUGAGUUGCAGAAAUGGGACAGAUGGCGAUCUACAUCUUAAAGCAACCUGCGAGCAUUUACCUGUGGUUGAUUUAAGUCCUAGAUACAAGUCUGUUUUGUGCCAAAUUGAAACAGCAAUGGUUAAACUGGUUCCACAAAAAAAAUUUCAAGUUGGUAUGAUGAUUGCUGGGCCCAGAAUUAGGCUUUCAUUUGAAACACAGGGGUUUCUUGGUGAAAAUGCAGAUUUAUAUUCUAUAAGCAAGAAAGAUGAAUUAACACUUGUAUUUGAUGUUGACGACAUUAAACUUGUGGUUUCACCAAAUCUUGCAUCUAAUUCUACGGUAUCAACUGGGUUGACAGUCAUUUUUGAUGGGGCACCCAGUGGUCUUAAAUUAGAGGAGCCUCUAAACAUUGACAUUCCUAAUUCAACUAAUCAAAUUUAUUGCUGUCAAGAGCGUGUUUCACAUAGUGCUUAUUUGAAAGUCAAUGGAUUGAAAGCUUACUUUGGUGAAUUAUGUAAUAAUCGACUCCAACAAAUUGUCACAUUGAGUUCAACAGCUGUUCAGGCGUCCUCAUCAAGGAAGGAAUCUUGUUCACUUGGUUCAACAAUUGUUGCUCUCUCUACGGCUUUGCAUUGGAUAGCUCCUGGGAUCACUGCUGUAGUGUUUCUGGAUGAGUUAUCUGUUUUGGUUAAGGUAGUUUCCAGUUUAUAUUAUGAUGUGUCACAUGCAUUAACCUUCUUUGGUUCAAGUCAUCACAGAAGUUGUCAAGAACUACUAAGGCCACAGGUUGCAUGUGCCUCUGAUGAAAAUGAGGAGACUUUAGUGAAUAGAAAAGAUCAGAUUCCUUCUGCUUGUAUGGAUACCAUCUUUGGUUUUAGAAGCAUUUGUGAACUGGAGUUCAUGGAUGUAGUUGUAUAUAAUUCCAGGAAGAGCCAUAACACCGAGGACCACAUUAUAGAAUCUGAUGAAAUAACGAGAAGAAUGCUGACUAUGGCCUCCGCACUUGAUUGUGGUAUCCACAUAUCUAUUCAGCUGACAUGUGGAAAAUUUUCUUUUGAAGAUGGGAUUCCAGAACUUGUUAUUGACUUGUCUGGAUUUCAAUGUACUAUAGUCAGAUAUCCCACACAGAUUGCAGAGUGCUCUGAUCUAUCUGAAGUCAGAAAUCUCCUGCUUUCUGUACAAUGCCUGUCUGAAGCAUCAUUGUCUCAUUGCAAAUUGGCUUUAUGUUUGAGAACUUCAGAGAAAUCUUUAUCUGCAGCUCGUCAGAGAUAUGGACUUGAAGCUUCUACUUCAUACGUGUUGGAGAAUCCCAUUAUGGAAAUGAAUACUAAAAGAUCCAGAGAUCAUUCUUAUCAUUGGUUAUCUGCAAAUGUUUCCCUUGGUGAAAUCAAUUUGGCUGAUUGUGCAGUAAAGAAUAUGCUACUCAAGACACACAAAUCCGAUAAACUCAAUGCAUCUUUCUCUGUUGGGGAUCAAUUUCAGACAAUCUGGUGCCAGUCUAAGGGGGGAUCUACUUUCCUUCAAAUGGAAGCAGCAUUGAUGUUUGUUCAUUGCUUGACUCUAUAUUGUCAUCUGAUAGGAGAAAUUUGGCAUUAUGUGCCAUCUCCUGACAGAGUCAUUGCUGCUCAAUAUGGCGAGCCUAUGGUGGCCUCUGAUGAUAAGCCUGCACAAGAUUCUCAGCAACUUCAGAAAACCAAGUGGGACAAAUUGGAAGCAUUCAGCAUUAGUAUAUCAGAUUUUACUCUCGCACUUCUCGCUAGAGAUGAAUUUGGGAGAUUCCAGGAACUUCUAUUUGAAACUAAUGUCAAUUUGAGUGCUGAAGGGCCAAAAACACUAAAUAAAGUUUCUUUUGAGAUUUCCAAGUUUUCCAUCCUUUCUCAGUUCCUUCAUGAAGCUGCAGAACACCAAGCUACGGAAAUUCAAGUUCCUCAUUUUUCUGCUGUUGCAUGUGAUGAUAUUUCAUCAUCCAUUAUGCUUGGAGAUCCUUCAGUUAUCGAAGAGCAUGAGAAUACAGGACAAUCUGUCACUCAUGAUUCAAGUUUCAUGAGUACUUCUGCUUUUCAACAUGAACCUUAUGCUGAUACUUUGCCAGAUUUAUGUGAUAAUACAGGAUCCAAAAAUUUGCAUUCAAGUCCUCAAAGCUACAUACUGAAAGAGUUAUGUGCAGUCAUUGCAGUUGAGUGGCCUGUCAAAAGAGAUGGGACUGGUCCGCUGGACAUAAAUCAGCUUUGGGUUGGCAAGGGUUCUAUUUCAGGUUUUGAUAUGGUCCUCUCUCUAAGUCAGUUACGGAUGAUACUCUCUGUUGUUGAAUCUUUGUCUGGAGUUUAUAGUGAAGAGAAAAGUAGUAAUUCGACACAAAAACGUUGGUCCCUGAAACAAGAAUCUGAAGGAAGUUUCCGAGAAAAAAUUCCUGAUGGAUCAAUAGUCGCAAUUGAGGAUGUCUAUCAACACACAUUUAUUGCGGUUGAGGAUGCAGAAAGUGGAUACAACUUAGUUGGAACAAUUCAUUAUUCGCUUGUGGGAGAGAGGGCUCUUUUCAGGGUGAAGCAUCAGAAUCCUGGGAGAUGGAAGCCACGAGCUCAAUCAUUUUCCUUGAUUUCAUUGUAUGCUAAAAAUGCCUCUGGGGAGCCAUUGAGAUUGAACGGUCGGCCAAGAUCUGAUUUUGUUGAUGUUUCGGGGACUACUGAUAGUUCAUGGGCCCUUUGGACUAUGCUUCCUUAUGGAUCUCAGUCUGAUGAUGGCAAUUUUGAGUGGGAACAUUACAGCAUUCCUGCUAAAAACACAUUUUACCUUGUGAACAAUAAGAAUAAUCGAUCAGUAGCUUUCAUUGAUGGAGUUCUUGAAUUUGUCAGCAAGCCUGGGAAUCCCUUUAAGUGCAAAGUGUUUUCGGACUUGCUUCCAUUUGGUAAUAAUCUGUUCCAGGAAAACUGUUCAGUGGGUGUGCCUGGUACUGUUCUUGAAUAUGGUUCAAAAAUAAAUGAUGACAGAGAGUUGAAGAGUGCUGGAAAGUUGCAGGAGAUUACAAUUGUAAUAGACAAGGCUACAUUGACAGUAGUUCAUGAACUCUCAGAUACAAUGGAAAAGUUUCCACUCCUCCAAGGAUCUUUAAGUCCCACUGAAAUCAUUGUACAGAUGUCAAACACCAAAGUUAGGUUUAUGAGCAGCCUAGAGAUUAUGCUGCAUCACUUUGAUGCCCAGAGAAACAUAUGGAGAGAACUAGUGAAUCCACUUGAAAUUUGCCUCUUCUUCCGUUAUCGGUUUCUAAUUCAGGGUUCAGAAAAUGUUUUGUCUGGGGUGCCUGGUCAUUUGUAUAUCAGAAUUAAAGAAUUAAAUAUAUCAAUAAGUGAGCUUUCACUGGACGUCCUUCUGUUUGUCAUUGGAAAUCUAAAGCUGGCUGGUCCUUUUGCUGUAAGAAGUUCCAUGAUUUUAGCCAAUUGCUGCAAGGUUGAGAACAAGUCGGGCUUGACCCUUCUAUGUCAGUUCUUUGAUAACCAGAAUGUUUUAGUAGCUGGAAGACAAUCCAGCACCGUUUUUCUUAGGCACUUAGCUUUAGCAAAUCGACCUCCUGAGGCAUCUUUCUUCUCAAUCCAGCUUGCAGACAAAGGAACCUUUGCUACUUCUUUGAUGCAUCUUUCACUUUCAGAAGCUAGGGCUUUUGCUUGGAGAACACGCAUAGUGUCAUCUCAUGAAUCAAAGACUUCUCCAGGUCCAUUUAUCGUUGUUGAAGUUUCACAAACGACUGAGGAUGGUUUGUCAAUCAUCGUUUCUCCUUUAUUGAGGAUACACAAUGAAACUGAUUUCUCAAUGGAGCUCCGUUUUCGACGACCAAAAGAAGAGGAAAAUGAGUUUGUUUCUUUAAUUCUAGAUGCUGGGGAUUCUGUUGAUGAUUCUAUGGCUACUUUCAGUGGAGUUAGUUUGUCAGGUGGUGCGAAGAAGGCAUUGAUGUCCUUAACUGUUGGAAAUUUUUUAUUCUCUUUUAGACCUCAAGUAACAGAUGACUUGCUGAAUUUCAAGUUAUCUUCAGUGGAGUGGUCUAAUGAUCUUAGCGGUGGGAAGCCUGUGCCUUUGUCUGGGCUAUUUGAGAAAUUAAGUUACCAAGUCCGGACAGCAUUUGCUGUCGAAUCAGUGAAAAGUACUUUAGGAACCGCACGUUGUGCUUUUAGAUCAGAGGGUGGACGUGUUGCUAAUAUCUAUUUUUUGAUCCAAAGCGUUGCAAGAGAUGUACCCAUUAUCCAGCCUGACAAUUUAGGAUAUGCUCCAGGCAAUAGGAAUGUGCCUAUUGCUUUGCAAGAGCAGAAGGAAAUCUUUCUCCUUCCUACUGUUCAUGUCUCUAAUUUGUUAGAGACAGAGAUACACGUACAUCUGACUGAUGCAGACAUACGGGCGAAGGUCAAUUAUGACAACAUAUGCUCUCAGGCUACUAUACCAUGUGGAUCAGCUGUAAAUUUAUAUGCCAACCCUGCUAAUAUAUUCUUUACUGUUACUUUGACUUCAUUCGGUUCAAGCUGCAAACCAGUCAAUGGUAACAGGUGGGUUAAAAAGUUACGAAAGUCUAACACUAAUGCCCAUCAAUUGGACGUUGAGUUGGAUUUUGGUGGUGGAAAAUAUUUUGCAUUCUUAAGAUUGUCUCGGGGGCAAAGAGGCAUAUUGGAGGCUGCUGUCUACACUUCAUAUACAUUAGGAAAUGAUACCCAAUUUUCCCUGUAUUGCUUUGCAGGCAACCUUAAGCCUCUGACUAGAGAUGAAGUUAAACAACUUGGCUCAGGAUUUCCUCCAGAGCUAGGAGCAUAUUUGCCCCCAAACUCGAGAAGAUCAUGGUUUAUGAAACACCACAAGCUGCGAAUUAAAUUGGACAACGAGCAAGCAUCAGAAGCGUUUCUGAACUUGGAUGCUUUGUCAGGCCUUACAGAGAUAGACCUGGAAGUUGAAGAAAAUUCUGGAAUUAAAAAUGUUACAAGAUUGGGGAUCUCUUUAAACCCAUCUUUGAAUAAAAUAGUCCCGUCACAGUUGGUAUCUAUGAGUCCCCGACACAUUGUGUUGAACGAAUCACAAGAAUUCAUCCAUGUUCGUCAAUGUUAUCUGGAGGAUGACAUGCAAGGGAUAGUUACGAUUAACAGUAAACACAGAGCAGCCUUAACAUUGCAGAAGAGGCCAAGAAGAAAGGGUGAAACUACUAUAUUUGAGAAUCUUCUCAGAAAGCAUUCAAAAACUCUUGAUGAUUCACUGCUGUUUAUUCAGUUCCGGCCAAAUGAUGCCAGCUUUGGUUGGUCGGGACCAGUGUGUGUUGCUUCCCUUGGCCAAUUUUUUCUGAAAUUCAGGCGCUCCUCAGAAUAUCCUGCAAGCAAUUCAGAUUACAUGACAUCACACGAACCCAGCUCAUUUAAAUUCGCAGCUGUUCAUGUGGUAGAAGAAGAUUCUGCCCUUGUCUUGCACUUUCACAGCCCACCCAAUGCAAACCUUCCUUAUAGGAUUGAGAACUGCUUGCAUGAUACUUCUAUAACAUACUAUCAAAAGGGUUCAUUGGAGCCUGAAACUUUAAGAUCUGGAUGCUGUGUAGACUAUGCCUGGGAUGAUCUAUCUCUUCCUCAUAAGCUGGUUGUCCAAAUAGACGAUGUGCAUCUAUUGAAGGAAAUCAGUAUGGAUAAAGUGCGUGCAUGGAAACCCUUUUACAGACCGAAACAACAAAUGAGGAUGGGGAUUCAUUUUCUGCUGGAUAUGAAGCCUGGAGAGAAGAACAGGAACAAUGAUGGUCAAUUGAUCAACACAAGGACAGUGAAGUUGGGUUAUGAAGUAUAUGCAGAAGGCCUUACCCGAGUUCUGAGAAUAUGUGAAUUUUCUGAUGGGCACAAGGGCAAUAAUAUGUUCUACUCCAGCUCAAAGAUGCGACUCAGAAUCUCUCAUUUUGCAUUUCAGUUGCUGGAGUAUACCGAUAAGGACAAAGACUUGGAUGAAGCAUUGAGCUACUCACCAAUUAUUGUUACAAGGCUUGAAAAUAUUGAUUUACAUUCGAUGUUCACUGACCAGCAUAAAAUCAAUUGCAUGACUGUGCAGUCAAUCACUGUGGAUCAAAUGCGGGUAGGGGCUCCUUUUGCUGCAGUCCUGCGUAAGCAUCAAUCUCAGUACAAUGACAUGAAUAGUAGUAUGCUCCAAGUGGUUCUUCUUGUACUUCCAUCGAGUUCUGGGGUUACAUAUAUCAAAUAUUUAUCCAUAGUCUUGCAGCCACUUGAUUUAAACCUUGAUGAGGAGACGCUAAUGAGAAUUGUUCCAUUUUGGAGGACGUCGCUUAGUGACCCAAAUGCUCCAAGUCGGCAGUAUUAUUUUGAUCAUUUUGAGAUUCACCCAGUAAAGAUUGUUGCAAGCUUUCUUCCAGAUAACUCGUAUUCCAGCUACACCUCUACCCAGGAGAUGCUGAGAUCCCUGCUUCAUAGUGUUAUAAAGAUACCCACCAUUAAGAAUACGACUGUGGAGCUCAAUGGUAUCCUUGUCACACAUGCUUUGAUAACCUUGCGUGGAUUAUCUAUUAAAUGUGCCCAACAUUACUCAUGGUAUGCCUUGAGGGCAAUAUAUAUUGCAAAGGGAAGCCCUCUGCUUCCACCUGCUUUUACAUCUAUCUUUGAUGACUUUGCAUCCUCCUCUCUUGAUGUAUUCUUCGAUACUUCAAAUGGCCUGGUCAAUCUUCCUGGUCUUACCAUGGGUACAUUCAAACUCAUCAGUAAGUGCAUUGAUAAAAAAGGGUUCUCUGGAACAAAGCGCUACUUUGGUGAUCUAGGGAAAACAUUAAAAGUAGCUGGAUCAAAUAUACUAUUCGCCGCCGUGACAGAAGUAUCAGACUCGGUUUUGAAGGGUGCUGAAACAAGUGGUUUCAAUGGAAUGAUGCGUGGGUUUCGCCAAGGAAUUUUAAAGUUGGCAAUGGAGCCAUCUCUGUUAGGGACUGCUUUUAUGGAAGGUGGGCCAGAUAGGAAAAUUAAGCUUGAUCGAGCUCCUGGGGUUGACGAGUUAUACAUUGAAGGCUACUUGCAAGCUCUGUUGGAUGCUUUAUAUAAUCAAGAAUACCUCAGAGUGAGAGUUACGGACAAUCAGGUCAUUCUGAAGAACCUGCCUCCUAAUAGUUCUCUUAUAAAUGAAAUUGUCGAACGUGUGAAAGGCUUUCUUGUGAGCAAAGGAUUGUUGAAGGGAGAUUCUUCAACAACUUCUCAUUCUUUGCGGCAUAUUCGAGGGGAGAGUGAAUGGAGAAUUGGACCAACUGUGCUCACUCUGUGUGAACACCUUUUUGUGAGCUUUGCAAUUCGUUUUCUGCGAAAGCAAGCUGGAAAAGUCAUUUCCAGGGUAAAUGUGAAAGAGAAGUUGGAAUCUGAUACUGAGAAAGCCAUUGUCCCUAUUUCGACUGUUGUGGAGCAGAAGGUGAAGCUUGUUUGGCAAUGGGGAAUCGGGAAGUUUGUACUGUCAGGUAUUGUGGCUUAUAUUGAUGGACGCCUAUGCCGUUCCAUUCCAAAUCCCAUCGCAAGAAGGGUGGUUAGUGGGUUUUUAUUGAGUUUUCUUGACAAAGAAGAAAAAGAAUAAAACGUGUCUUUUUAUUCUUCUAAGUUCUACUUAUUUCUUUCUGACUGUAAAUUGGUUGUUGAUAAAAAUCAUUCAGGGUUUUUCUGGCAUAACCCCCUUAGCUGUAGUUAUUACUGACACUAGGUUGCUUGGUAAAUCAUUUUGGCAGUGCUCAUUUUCCUUUAUUAAUAGGGAAAGGAAACUUGGUCAUCAUGGUUUGGCCAAGUUGGCCAUUAGCCUCUUGAAUGAGAUCAAUCAAGUGUAAGGACUGCUUUGUGUGGCUAAAUGAAGCUGCAUGCUAAAAUUAUCAACUGCCGCUCUUUUGUAAGGUGGCGUACGUCCUUGCAACUACUUUUGACCCUAUAUAUACAAAGGUGGCUAUUGACGAAAAAAAUAUUUUGUAAGAUUAAAGUGAGAGGAGAUUGACAAAGAGAACAUGUCAGGGUCUGGACUCGCCCAUUGUUUCCUCAGACAGGACAUGUUUAAGCUAUAAACCGUGGCUGAAUUUCAAGCA